AUGGAAGGCAGGCCGACCCACGAUUCCAGGAAGGACGAUGACGGCUUGGCCUAUGGCGACGACCAGUCGGCAUCGCGAGCACCAGGUGAAGAUGUAGACGAGGAAGGCGAGGAAGGCGACAGAGGUCUCAUUGGGGACACUUUCCGAAAGCUCCGAGGCAGACAUCAGCCCCAAUCAUACGAAGGUUCAUCGCAAAGUAAUGCUCCAUCGCAGUCGCAGGGCCAGGGAGUAGCUGGAGCUGGUUCUUUCGUCUUCGAUAAAUUGCAUGGUGUUGUUCAUGGGCUUGGUACUGAAGUAAAAAAAGUCGUUACGGGCCAGGGUGCCAUCCAUAGUCACACUCACCAUGGAGCGCAAUGCGGGGACGGGAUGCAUGACAAUACCCAGCAUCGGUAUCAUAGCUUCGCACCGCAACGGACUGGCAACGAUGUGAAGUGGUAUGUCGAUGGUUGUGGAUAUAUGUGGGCCGUCUCUGAGGCUCUGGAGAGAGCGACCCAGUCAAUAUGGAUUCUGGACUGUACGAAUUCAACCAUCUCGCCAGUCUGCUACAUGCUAAUCAUUACAGGGUGGCUUUCUCCAGAGCUCUACCUGCGGCGUCCCCCAGCAAAGAACGAGCAAUACCGUGUCGACCGUAUGCUCCAAGCCGCAGCCCAACGGGGUGUCAAAGUGAACAUCAUCGUCUAUAAGGAAGUCACGCAAGCCCUCACGCGUAAGUAUCUAACCCCAACCGUGCCCAAAUACCUGCACUCUCUACUACCUCGCCAUACCGAUCGCUUCUCGAAAGCCGUCACAAGCGUAGGGCUUGCGGCUACCUUCCUAUCUCUCGAGCAAGUAGAGAAAGAGUUUCCGCUGAUCGAGGCGCCUGUGACAGUUUCGUCUUCCCAUACUAAGCAUUGUCUGGAGAAUCUUCACCCUAAUAUUGCCGUAUUCAGACAUCCAGAUCAUUUACCCGAUGCACAAACGCUGUCGUCCUCUUUCAUCUCUUCGCUACAGAAUAUGUCUCUGACGGCGAAAUCAGCGGCAUCCUUGCCAAUUGACGCACUGAAGGGCAUUUAUGGUAUGAAUGAGGACGUGAUUCUGUAUUGGUACGUGGCAUUUGCGACUUUUCUUCAGUGUGACAAGCUGAAGAUAUCUCUCAGGGCGCAUCACGAAAAGCUUUGCCUGAUUGAUGGACAAAUUGCAUUUAUGGGUGGUCUCGAUUUAUGCUACGGAAGAUGGGACACCAAUCAACAUCCCAUUGCUGACUGCCAUCCAUCAAAUCUUGAAAAUAUCGUGUUUCCAGGUCAAGAUUUCAAUAAUGCUCGCCUUAAAGGACCUGUCGUUGAAGACUUACGUGCCCAUUUUGUCGAAAGAUGGAAUUUCAUCUACGACGAAAAAUACAACGUCAGGAAAGAUGUCCGCUAUUCCAAGCUCACGUUCAAUCAGAACCCUGCCGGAAUAGUGUCGCCUCCGGGACCUCAAGGAUCCUAUUAUCCAUCUCGCCGUGAGCUGGAUGACGACUCUUCUCGAGGCUUGAGUGAAGAUCAUCCUGGCUUUGGCGAAGAGGUGCGAAGCCUCGGCGAGAACAUCCGUGGACGAGUUGGCCAAGAAGGCCAUAAUGUUUACCAACAGUAUAUGGGUGGGCAUCAACACCAUUCGCAUCUUCACGGCACGCCACAAGAAGCAGGUAUUCCCUGCCAGAUAGUUAGGAGCUGUACAAAAUGGAGCCAUGGCAUACCAACAGAGCACUCUAUUGCUAAUGCGUACAUUGACAUCAUAGCGAACAGCCAACACUUCAUCUACAUCGAGAAUCAAUUUUUCAUCACUGCAACAUCUGACAAACAGAAGCCCGUACAGAACAAGAUUGGCCGAGCUAUGGUCGAUCGUAUCCUGCGUGCGGCACGAGCUGGUGAAAAGUACAAGAUGAUUAUUUUGAUACCGGCAGUACCUGCAUUUGCAGGUGACUUAAAGGACGAUGCUAGUCUUGGGACUCGUGCAAUUAUGGAGUUUCAGUAUUUCUCAAUCAAUCGCGGUGGCUACAGCAUCAUGGAGUCGAUUGCGAACGAAGGCUUUGACCCAACUCAAUAUAUUCGCUUCUACAAUCUGAGGAACUAUGAUCGGAUCAACGUCGGCUCCACAAUGCGCGAUGUGGAGCAGAGAAGCGGUGUCGAUUAUGGUGCAGCUGCGGCUGCAUAUGAUCAAGCUGCCGAGUUACCUGCGCAAAUUCCCAGCGACCAGUACCAAGGGCGCUCGAAAUAUCAGGCAUAUCAGCAAGCCUCGAGCAACCUUUACCCGCAGUCUGGUCCAGAUUCUGGCAGAUGGGACUCGGUUAGUGAGUGUUACAUGUUGAACGGUCAAGACAUUCGUUCAGUCCCAUGGACAAAUGGCAAUUAUCAAGAGAUCGACGCUUUUGUCAGCGAAGAGCUCUAUGUACACUCCAAAGUGCUCAUCGCCGACGACCGCAUUGUCAUCUGCGGGUCUGCCAACCUGAACGACCGAUCACAAUUAGGCGAGCAUGACUCCGAAAUCGCAAUCAUCAUCGAGGAUCCAAACAGUAUCGAUUCCAUGAUGAACGGUCGUCCCCAUCGGGCAGCUCGCUUCGCAGCAACGCUUCGCCGCCAGCUCUUUCGGAAGCAUCUCGGUCUGAUUCCAGCGCAGGACAUGGAUCGACCUGAUCAAAAUUUCUCACCGAUUGGCUUUGCGCCUAACAAGUAUGACUACGGCUCUCCCGAAGACCAAUGGGUAGUUGAUCCCUUGUCCGACGAUUUCCUAAACUUUUGGAAUUCUCGCGCAAAAAUCAACACCGACGUUUUCGGUCGCGUGUUCCAUCCUGUACCACAUGAUUGCGUGCGGACGUGGCAAGAUUAUGACGAUUUCUACGAACAUUUCUUCAAGGGGGCAGAGAAGGAGGCGGAGAAAGGUGCAGCGAAGAAACCAAGCAAAUAUAUGUGGGGUCACGUGGUAGCGGAUGAGUUUGCGCCUGGGGAAGAGGGCGCAAGACAGGUGAAGGAGGAGCUAAGUAAGAUUCGAGGCACGCUUGUUGAGAUGCCAUUGCUCUUUUUGAUCAAGGAGGAUAUCGCGAAAGAGGGAGCGGCGCUGAAUGCUUUUACUGAGGAGGUCUACACAUGA